AGAGUAGCAGUGCGCUAGGAGGCAGUUAAGGGGAAGAUAGUGUUGGUAUUUCAUCCAAGCUCACUGGAUCUGUUCACCAUGGGAGAGUUCCAACAGCAGCUGCUCACUCUUUUGGGGGGUCUAAUUUGUCUGUUUACUCUGGUGAAAUUCAUUAGAUUUUUGAAGUAUUUUUUCCCAUAUGUAUGGAAUGCUUUGCCUCAGUCUUUCUUUCGGUCAAUGGGAGAAUGGGCAGUGGUCACAGGAGCAGGAGAUGGAAUUGGAAAAGCAUAUUCCCUGGAGCUGGCAAAACAUGGAUUAAAUAUUGUUAUGAUAAGCAGAACACUUGAAAAACUGCAGAAAGUAGCCACUGAAAUUGAACAGGCCACAGGUAGAAAUGUGAAGAUCAUACAAGCUGACUUUACAAAAGAUUACAUAUAUGAGAAUAUUGAAGAAUGUCUUCAAGGCUUAGAAAUUGGCAUUUUGGUUAACAAUGUUGGAAUGCUUCAUAAUCCUCUUCCAUGCCGUUUCCUUAAUGGAGUAGACACAGACGAGAACCUCAUCAGCUGCAACAUUAUCUCUGUUAUCAAGAUGACACGAAUAAUUUUGAAACAAAUGGAGCCAAGACAAAAAGGACUUAUUCUGAACCUUUCUUCUGGUUUGGGCACCUUCCCUUGUCCAUUAUAUACUAUAUAUUCGGCUUCUAAAGCUUUUGUAUGCACAUUUUCCAAAGCACUUCAAGCAGAAUAUAAGGCAAAGGGAAUUACCAUACAGGUGGUGGCUCCUUAUGCUGUUUCUACUCCAAUGACAAUGUACCAAAAACCCAAUCUCAUAACAAAGACUGCGGAGGAGUUUGUUAGAGAAUCACUGUUUUAUGUUACUGUUGGAGAGGAGACAUUUGGUUGUUUAGCCCAUGAGAUCUUGGCGUGCAUCCUGCAGCUCAUUCCGUUGUGGGUAUUCCACAGUGACAGAUUUCAAGAGGUGUUCCUGAACACAUUUCCGAAUUACCUGAAGAGGAACUGGAAGAGCCCCUAACAAAAUCAACUUUUUAGACUGUGUGAAAUUGUGAAUCCUAGAUUCAUACACUAUAAUUCUGGGGGCUAAAUUCAGCUCUGGGUGAAUUUGGCCCAACAUGCUUACUGAAGAAGUUUGCUAAGGGCCUGAUCCAAAGGCCAUUGAAGUCAAUGUUUUUCCAAUGACUUCAAUGGGCUUUGGAUCAGUUACAGAGGGAUGGGAUGCUACAGCUGCUUUUGCUUCUUUAAACUGAGCUUGUAGAUGCUGGGUAGCUACAGCUGUUUUGAUGUUUACAAAUAAGACCAUUUGCAUUAUUUCCAAACAUAGGUUUGUUUGCUUUGAUGCUUUUAGGAAGACUCGCAUGAUCUGUGAAGGGGCUUUGGAUUUUUGUGGGAGGACACACAGAUUUUGCUGGAGGAGGAGGAGAUCGUGGGAAGAAGUUUUAGAGGAUGGAGGGAAUCUGUGCAUAGGGGCUUUGGAAGUUUGCAGGAACAGUGUGUAUUAGUGGAAAGGGCUUUGGAGUCCUCCAAAGCAUUUUAUAUGAAUCCC